AUGGAAGGAUCGGUGAUCCCAAAUUGUAGAAAGAAAGAAGAAGAAACAAACAAGAAAAAACCUGCAAAGUCCUCCAGUGGACAUGUCAAAGCCGCCAUCGAUGAGAUCGCCGCGCUCGUCAAAGGAAGGCUGGGCCAUCUUCUGGAGCUGCGAAUACGAGAGCUUCCACUGGAUGUGCUUCUCGUUCUCCUCCUUGCGCUUCUUCGCGCCCUGGCGAUCGGUGGCGCUGGAGCUCGAUCCAGGGCACUGCAAUGCGCAUUUCGAUUGCGCGCCGCCCCCGCGGCUGGCAGUGGCGGCAAGAAGAAAGGGCGAGGAGGGCCAUCGGCGCCCACAGGGCCGACGGUUCCCAUGGAGCAAAGGGUCAAUGUGGUGCUUGGCGCAAACAUCUUCAAGGAAGGUAGCGAUCCUCCCAUCCAUGCCGAUAGCGAGUAUCCCGACUGGCUGUGGACGCUGGACAAGCCACUGCCGCCGCUCAGCGAUCUCAAGCGCAGGGAUUUCAAGUCGCUCAAGCUCCAGGAGCUCAAGCGCCUCGUCAAGCUCGACAAUCGCCAGAGGAUCAAAGACUCCAACGCUCUCAAGAAGAAGAAGUAGCACAGCGAUCAUCCUGUAAGCUUCCCAUCUCUUCUUCUCGAUCCUUUCAAAACAAGGAAGAGCUUCCCAUAUCCUUUGGAAGAACUUUCCAUCUCUUUUUUUU